CAGACUUCCAAAAAUGCAACAGUUGUGUUUUCUGUGGAUCCACGGCCCAAGAGGGAAGCAGAGGAGAGCAAACUGUGGCCUGAACCACUGUCUUGGGGCAAGAGUUGACUAGCUUCUGAGUUGUUUUGCUGGCACAACACUGUGAAGGCGGGUACCAAAAAAUAGCAGUCAUUUGCCUUUUUUGUAACUGGUUCUGCAAGGUUGGAAGAUAACAGGGUGAUGCUGCAGGUGGAGGUGCGGUGUCAGAGCUGUGCAAGGGGAGCUGGCACUGCACCAAAUGCCUACAUAUGGUAGCUACUCAUCACUUUUGGUAAAAAGACAGAGAGGGAGGUACGGUGUGUUCCUGCAAAUGGCAUCUACCCAGGCCUGAUCUACAGUAGGAUUUAAAGGCACAAAAGUUAGCACGAGCUAACAAUCUAAUAAUUCUAAUGUAGCCAAAGCGCCGCCCCCCCGACUUUAGCCCCCCCCCCCCCAGGCUGACACCCGACAGGCAGCGGGCCUUGUUUACAUUAGGCUUCUACAAAGUGCUGGCUAACUCAGGCGAUCAGCGCAAUUAAACCCUAGUCCGGCCGGGCCGGAGCUGUCCAGCUUCUGGUGGGAGAGAGGCGCCUGCAGCCAGCUCGCGGGGCCCGUAAAACCUGCCAACAGAGGCGGCCCCGCAGCCGCUGGGGGGCGAGGGCGGGCUGGUGCCGGUGGCUGGGCUGGGCGCACCAUGGGACGUGCAAAGCCCUCGAACGGCCUCAUUCCAUCGGCGGCUGCGGGGGCUGGAGGCGAGUCCCGACAACGCCGGCCGCUCCGCGGGGGACGCCUGGGACGGGCUCUGAGUCACCAGGGCGGAACUGGGGAGCGGCCUCACUUCCCAGCAUGCCCCGCACCGACUCCCGAGCCGGGCUGGGUCGCGGCGCAUGCGCGUUGAGCAGCGUGACCCGGCUGGGGAAGCCGUAAGCGGCGGCGGCGGCCAUUUUGGCGGUACCUCUCUCCGGCCUGUUCAGUUACCACGUGAACUAUCGCCUGGGACUCGGUGCGGGGCAAGGGGGAACCCAGCGCGGAUACGGCGGCCUGGAGGGGCCGGGCCUGGGACGGAAACGAGGAGGCGGUGGCCCGGCAGGGAGUCCCGGGAGGCGGCGGUGACCGAGCAGGCAGGAGACACCCCGCCCCCCCGGAGCCUCCAAGCGGAGCCGGAGCCGGCCGCGGCAGCAGCAGGAGCGAUGCCGUCCGUGAGCCUCCCGCCCAAGGAGAACGCGCUCUUCAAGCGCAUCCUGAGGUGUUAUGAACAUAAACAGUACAGAAAUGGGCUGAAGUUUUGUAAACAGAUCCUUUCUAACCCAAAGUUUGCAGAACAUGGAGAAACUCUGGCAAUGAAAGGACUAACGCUGAACUGUCUAGGGAAGAAAGAGGAAGCAUAUGAACUAGUGCGUAGAGGCUUACGGAAUGAUUUAAAGAGUCAUGUCUGUUGGCAUGUCUAUGGUCUUCUCCAGAGGUCAGACAAGAAGUAUGAUGAAGCUAUCAAAUGUUACAGAAAUGCACUGAAAUGGGAUAAAGACAAUCUUCAAAUCUUGAGAGAUCUCUCUCUGCUACAGAUUCAAAUGAGGGAUCUUGAGGGUUACAGGGAAACCAGGUACCAGUUACUUCAGCUCCGACCUGCACAGCGAGCCUCGUGGAUUGGUUAUGCUAUUGCUUAUCAUCUGCUGGAAGAUUAUGAAAUGGCAGCAAAGAUUUUAGAGGAAUUUAGGAAGACUCAACAGACGUCUCCUGAUAAAGUGGACUAUGAGUACAGUGAGCUGCUGUUGUAUCAGAAUCAAGUCCUCCGAGAAGCAGGACUCUACAAAGAAGCCUUGGAACACCUUGGUACCUAUGAAAAGCAGAUCUGUGAUAAACUGGCUGUUGAAGAAACUAAAGGAGAACUUCUGUUACAACUCUGCAGGCUGGAAGAAGCAGCUGAGGUGUAUAGAGGAUUGCAAGAAAGGAAUCCUGAAAACUGGGCUUACUACAAAGGCUUAGAAAAGGCACUUAAACCAGCCAAUAUGCUCGAGAGGCUGAAAAUCUAUGAAGAGGCCUGGACUAAGUACCCAAGGGGACUAGUUCCAAGAAGACUGCCACUAAACUUUUUAUCUGGUGAAAAGUUUAAGCAAUGUUUGGACAAGUUUCUAAGGAUGAAUUUCAGCAAAGGCUGUCCACCUGUUUUUAAUACUUUGAGAUCAUUGUACAAAGAUAAAGAAAAGGUGGUAAUUAUAGAAGAGUUGGUGGUAGGUUAUGAAACUUCCCUAAAAAGCUGCAGGUUAUUUAAUCCCAAUGAUGAUGGUAAAGAAGAACCUCCAACCACUUUACUGUGGGUCCAGUACUACUUAGCACAACAUUAUGACAAAAUUGGGCAGCCAUCCAUGGCUCUGGAAUACAUAAAUUCUGCUAUAGAAAGUACUCCCACCUUGAUAGAACUCUUCCUUGUGAAGGCUAAAAUCUAUAAGCAUGCUGGAAACAUUAAAGAAGCUGCGAGGUGGAUGGAUGAAGCCCAGGCUUUGGACACAGCGGACAGAUUUAUCAACUCCAAAUGUGCAAAAUAUAUGUUGAAAGCCAACUUGAUUAAAGAGGCAGAAGAAAUGUGUUCUAAGUUUACAAGGGAAGGAACCUCAGCAGUAGAGAACUUGAAUGAAAUGCAGUGCAUGUGGUUCCAGACAGAAUGUGCCCAAGCUUACAAGGCAAUGAAUAAAUUUGGAGAAGCACUUAAGAAAUGCCAUGAAAUCGAGAGACAUUUUGUAGAAAUUACAGAUGACCAGUUUGACUUCCACACUUACUGUAUGAGAAAGAUUACACUUAGGUCUUAUGUGGACUUGUUAAAACUAGAAGACGUACUUCGGCAACAUCCAUUUUACUUCAAGGCAGCACGAAUUGCCAUAGAGAUAUAUUUGAAGCUUCAUGAUAAUCCUCUAACAGAUGAGAAUAAAGAACACGAGGCUGAUACAGCAAAUAUGUCUGACAAGGAGCUAAAGAAGCUUCGCAAUAAGCAGAGAAGAGCACAGAAAAAAGCACAACUGGAGGAAGAGAAGAAGAAUGCAGAAAAAGAGAAGCAGCAGAGAAAUCAGAAGAAGAAAAAGGAUGAUGAUGAUGAGGAAAUUGGCGGUCCGAAAGAAGAACUUAUCCCUGAGAAACUAGCAAAGGUUGAAGCACCUUUGGAAGAAGCCAUUAAAUUUUUAACACCGUUGAAGAAUUUGGUGAAGAACAAAAUAGACACCCAUCUUUUUGCUUUUGAGAUUUACUUCAGGAAAGAGAAAUUUCUUCUGAUGCUGCAGUCUGUGAAGAGAGCAUUUGCUAUUGACUCCAGUAAUCCUUGGCUUCAUGAGUGUAUGAUUCACCUCUUUGGCAGUGUAUCUGAAAGUAAAGAUCUACCUGAUACAGUUAGAACAGUGUUAAAUCAAGAAAUGAAUCGGCUUUUUGGGGCAACUAAUCCAAAGAACUUCAAUGAAGCUUUCCUUAAAAAGAACUAUGACUCACUACCACAUAGGUUAUCAGCUGCCAAAAUGGUGUACUAUUUGGAUCCUUCCAGUCAGAAAAGAGCAGUAGAACUGGCAACAUCCCUCGAUGAAUCCCUUACCAACAGGAAUCUUCAGACUUGUAUGGAGGUAUUAGAAGCUUUCAGUGAUGGUAGCCUGGGAGACUGUAAAGAAGCUGCUGAAACUUACAGAGCGAAUUGUCAUAAGCUUUUCCCUUAUGCUUUGGCUUUCAUGCCCCCUGGAUAUGAAGAGGAUAUGAAGAUCACAGUUAAUGGAGAUAGUUCUGCAGAAACUGAAGAACUGGCCAAUGAAAUAUGAACAACUUUGUUUAAAAAAAAAAAAAAAAAAAAGAAAGAAAAGAAAGAAUGGAAUAACAUUGGUCCAUAUCUGGUGUAUAAUAUUUUUGUCACGCACCUGCUGAAUUGUUCUAACUUACACAGUGAAAGGAAGGAGUAAAAAUGUUGCCUUCAAAUAGUUUUACUUUUUUUAUCCUGCUGACAAAGUAUAUAUAUAAAAUAUCUAACAUAUUACUGGAUAUAGGUUGUUCAGUUUCUUAAGAAAAAUUAAAAGCUGCUAAAAUUGAAGAAAAAAAAAACCCUUCUCCUUACCUACCUACCCCAUGUUUUUAAACUAAUUUAUAUGAAAUCUGGAGGCUCAUAACCAUCAGAGCAGGUGUGUGGCAGAAAUAUUACUUUAAAUUUGUCUUGUGAGAUUACUAUUAUCUCAGACAGCAAAAAUGCUGUUUUAGCACUGGAUUCUUUCACUGAGCACAAAGAGUUGUUGGGGCUUUAGCAUCUGACCGAUUUUGAUACAGAGAUGAUUCUAUUCAUAGGAAGUAUUCAUUGUGAAUCACUAUUUACAGAGAAACCUACAGCAUACAUGUGAUGUUGUAGAGGCUGGGACAUAUAGAUACCAGCCAGAAUUAAGAAACAUAGGGUGUUCAGUAAGCUUGUCGUGUCUCCGAAGUUCACUGUGCACGAUUAGUUUGGUGUUCUUGCACCACAGUUUUUAACUGAAGAAACCAGUUAAAACAAUCUCUUCAUUUUAAUUAAACUUGAAAAGAAAGAACACUGCUGUUCUUGAGAUGAACCUCACAGCAUAGUUUGGCCAAACUUGUUAAAACUGUAAUGCAAGAACCAAAUGAAAUUAUGCACUGUGAUGUGGCACCAACUAAUUAGAAAGAUACUGUGCAUUUUUCACAGAGAGUGAAAACAAAUUGAGAACAUACUAUGGCUUGAAGUUACAAAGAGCGGAACUCCUGACUACCAUUUUAUGACUGAUCAAGAGACUAAUAGUUUAAAACCUCAGCAGGCCUUGUUCACAUUAUGCAGAGAAAAACAAGUGCUGCAGUUUAGAUACCUCUGGAACUUUUCCACAGUGUCACAGGUUUGUAAUACUUGAAGCCCUACAUUUCUAAGAAUAUAUUUCUUGCUCAGUUGUUUCAGGCAAACACAAGACUUUGUAACUUUUAAGGGGCCCAAGAUUUUUUUUUUUUUUCAAAUAACAGACCAGAUUCUUAUUCCUGCAGUUAUAGAUGUAAUUUCCUUUGUCAAACAUAAGGUACCAAAUAUAAUGCAAUAAAAUGUUUUGAAAAACA